AUGUCCAAUACAGAACAAAACCGCAGCCCUAGCAAGCAUGAUCCGAAGGAGCAACCUGGGACAUCGGAGAAGAGAAAUGCUUUCACAGAGCUCCUCGCCCCAAAACAAAAGCAGCCGAAGCAUACGCCCAGAGCCCCAUCUGAUCGCAACGCUUCCAGAGGCCAAGCUACCUUCGGUGCCCGCGACGGACUAGGCGCCUAUAUCGCAAAGCCAGAAAACUACCUACCUAAUGUGGUAGUAUACCACAAUGCGGAUUUUGUCGCGAUCCACGACAUGUUCCCAAAGUCAUCACUACACCUACUCCUUCUCCCACGCGACCAAACCAAGACGCGUCUCCACCCAUUCGAUGCUUUCGAAGAUGCCGAAUUCUUAGCUAAAGUGAAGGCAGAAACAUCCAAGCUUCGAAUACUAGCAGCAGAGGAGUUACGGCGCAAAUAUGGAAAGGAUUCUGCGCAGGAGCAGGCAAGACAGGUAGCCUUGAGUGCUGAUCCGCCGCCGGAUGAGCUGCCGCAGGGUCGGGAUUGGGAACAGGAGAUUGUGGUCGGGGUGCAUGCUGUGCCGUCGAUGAAUCACCUCCAUGUCCAUGUGCUAUCUGUUGAUCGGUAUAGUGAUCGCCUGAAGCACCGGAAGCACUAUAAUAGCUUCUCUACGCCGUUCUUCGUUCCCAUUGAUGACUUCCCGUUGGCGGAAGAUGAUGUACGGAGGAAUCCCACCGGAGAGGGAUAUCUCCAGAAAGAUUUCAUUUGCUGGCGCUGUGGAAGGGGGUUCGGGAACCGCUUUGUGGAAUUGAAGCAACAUCUUGAGCAGGAGUUUAUGGAAUGGAAGAGACUAUGA